AUGUCGAUAGUUUCGACUUACUGGAGAGGAACACCAGUAGCUGUGAAACGUAUUCUUCCGUCUCUGUCAGAUGAUAGACUGGUUAUUCAGGACUUCAGGCAUGAGGUUGAUUUGCUAGUUAAGCUUCGGCAUCCGAAUAUAGUGCAAUUCUUAGGAGCCGUAACCGAAAGAAAGCCUCUUAUGUUAAUCACCGAAUACUUACGCGGGGGAGAUCUUCAUCAGUACCUCAAGGAGAAGGGUGGUCUUACUCCAGCCACAGCUGUCAACUUUGCGUUGGAUAUCGCCAGAGGAAUGACAUAUCUUCACAAUGAACCUAAUGUUAUCAUUCACCGAGAUCUUAAACCAAGGAACGUUCUUCUGGUGAAUUCAAGUGCAGACCACUUGAAAGUUGGAGACUUUGGGCUAAGUAAGCUCAUAAAGGUUCAAAACUCUCAUGAUGUCUACAAAAUGACUGGCGAAACCGGAAGCUACCGGUAUAUGGCUCCUGAAGUAUUCAGGCAUAGAAGAUACGACAAGAAAGUCGAUGUCUUCUCCUUUGCAAUGAUCCUUUACGAGAUGCUUGAAGGAGAGCCACCAUUUGCGAACCACGAGCCAUAUGAAGCAGCCAAACAUGUAUCAGAUGGACACAGACCUACAUUCCGUUCCAAAGGAUGCACACCGGAUUUAAGAGAGUUAAUCGUGAAAUGCUGGGAUGCAGACAUGAACCAGAGACCCUCUUUCCUGGACAUCCUCAAGAGACUUGAAAAGAUUAAGGAAACUCUACCAUCAGAUCACCAUUGGGGCUUAUUCACUUCAUAA